CGUGAGGAGUUACGCGAGGGCCAAUUAAAGUCUCAGUAGCUCGGCUGGGGGCCCGGACUUGCUGUGGAUUUGAGGGUGACAUCUGAGCAUUUAAAGGGCUGGGGUCAACUGAGCGACUCAAGCCCGCGUCUAAUCGUGAGCCAGGGUCGCCGCCGCCGCGGGGGAGAGAUGACUACGGAGCGACCCGGCGCAGUGACGGGCAGACCCAGGAGACCGCCUAUGCUGGGAUUAGGGAAGCCUAUAGGGCCCAGGGUAUUUGCCUCGAUCUUCCUGCUGCUGUUGUCUCCGGCAGGAGUCGGAGCCAGGCAAAGAACGACUCAGUCUGGUGAGUUAACCCUCGUGCACCCGCUGGUGACCAUGGAGCAACUGCUGUGGGUGAGCGGAAAACAGAUCGGUUCUGUGGACACCUUCCGCAUCCACACUUCACCCACCACUCCUCGAGGCACCCUCCUUGCCUUCGCUGAGGCCAGGAAAAUGUCAGCAUCGGAUAAAGGCGCUAAAUUCAUUGCCCUGCGGAGAUCCAUGGACCAGGGCAGCACAUGGUCUCCGACAGCUUUCAUUGUGGAUGAUGGGGAGACCCCAGAUGGUCUGAACUUGGGGGCGGUGGUGAGCGAUACAACAACAGGCGUGGUCUUCCUUUUCUACUCCCUCUGUGCUCACAAGGCUGGCUGCCGGGUGGCCUCCACCAUGUUGGUGUGGAGCAAGGAUGACGGUAUUUCCUGGAGCUCGCCCCGAAACCUCUCCUUGGAUAUAGGCACUGAGAUGUUUGCCCCCGGACCCGGAUCUGGCAUUCAGAAACAGUGGGAGCCUCAGAAGGGCCGGCUCAUCGUGUGCGGCCAUGGGACGCUGGAGCGGGACGGGGUCUUCUGCCUCCUCAGCGACGACCACGGUGCCUCGUGGCGCUACGGCAGUGGGAUCAGCGGCAUCCCCUAUGGCCAGCCCAAGCGGGAAAACGAUUUCAACCCGGACGAGUGCCAGCCCUAUGAGCUCCCAGACGGCUCAGUCGUCAUUAAUGCCCGGAACCAGAACAACUACCACUGCCGCUGCCGAAUCGUCCUCCGCAGCUACGAUGCCUGUGACACUCUGAGGCCCCGUGAUGUGACCUUUGACCCCGAGCUCGUGGACCCCGUGGUAGCGGCAGGGGCUGUAGCCACCAGCUCCGGCAUCAUCUUCUUCUCCAACCCAGCCCAUCCAGAGUUCCGAGUGAACUUGACCCUGCGCUGGAGCUUCAGCAAUGGUACCUCAUGGCGGAAGGAGACCAUCCAGAUCUGGCCGGGACCCAGUGGCUACUCCUCGCUGGCAACCCUGGAGGGCAGUGUGGGCGGGGAGGACCAGGCCCCGCAGCUCUACGUCCUGUAUGAGAAAGGCCGGAACCAGUACACAGAGAGCAUCUCCCUGGCCAAAGUCAGCGUCUAUGGGACACUCUGAGCUGUACCCAGGCCAGGGAGGGGUAGACGGCCCUGGCCUCAGCCUCAGGACCGUGGGUCUGCAGAGGGUCUGCUGGAGGAGCCUGGAAGAGAGUUCCACCUUCUUUUAGACUGCAGCCUUUUGCAAAAUCAACUUUGACUAGGAAAUCACGACAUUAGGACUAAAAACCUGGCUUCUCCCUGGACAAGAAGGGCUCCCCACACCUGGCAUCCCUUCCCUUCCCCAUUGCUGGGUCCCAGCCCCUGCCCUUUCUGCCCUCCCAGGACAGUGAUUGGUCCUUUUCUUGGGCAGGGCCAGGCGGGCCUGUAGCAGUCAAUAAAUGUGAACUCAGGGAACCAGGGAAGGCUUACCUCCUGGAGGUAAGAUGCUGGCGUUGGAGAGGGUUGGUGGAAGCCAGAAGGGCAGGUUAUUUGGUUUCUGGGGUAAGGAAGGAGGUGCAUCAUCUACUUUGACUCUUUGAAUCAAAAUGUGUCUAACAUAACGUUUUUAAUGAAAGAGAAUGACUAUUUGCAGAACCUCUGUGGUCCUGCCCACGCACAUCUUCAUGUCUGUUUCGUCGAGUGGGUUGAGAUGAGGAGCGAAUUUGGAGGAGAGGAGGAAGCUGGAGGGCUCAUUGCCGUGACAAUCUGACUUUGGCCAAUCAACUCCUCUUUAUCACAGAAAAGCAGAUUCUCUUCACGGUUGUAAUGAGGAGGAGGCGGAGCCCCCAUAAAAUGUUUUAAAACGGCGGCUGUUUCGGAGUUCCCGUCGUGGCGCAGUGGUUAACGAAUCCGACUAGGAACCAUGAGGUUGCGGGUUCGGUCCCUGCCCUUGCUCAGUGGGUUAACAAUCCUGUGUUGCCGUGAGCUGUGGUGUAGGUUGCAGACACGGCUCGGAUCCUGCGUUGCAGUGGCUCUGGCAUAGGCUGGUGGCUACAGCUCUGAUUCGACCCCUAGCCUGGGAACCUCCAUAUGCCUCGGGAGCGGCCCAAGAAAUAGCAAAAAAAAGACCAAAAAAAAAAAAAGGGGGGCUGUUUCGUAUGUAUAAGGUGGGGAGGGACACGGUCCUCCAUGAGACAGGGAGCCUCUCCCAGGCCGGCCUGGCAGGAAAAUAAGCCCUGGGGCAAUUAUGUGAGAAAACAGUGUUUUCAUCCUAAAGCAGAUACUGUGAAAAGAACCUGGGCUGCCUGAAGCUGAGUGGGGCAGCCACAGCCUACCUCCAUAUGGAAAGAGAAUGCAAUGCCCGGACGAGAUGGCAGGAACGUUCAAGAUUCUUUAUGUCUUUAUCAUAAAGGGAUGAAAGCCACAUGCAUUCCCAGUUAGAGAUUUUUUUACUUCCAGCUGCUUCUCUAAGCAUUUGUGAGGAUAAUUUAUUCUGUCUGAUGGAAGAAGUGGAAUAAAUCCCGCUGCAUGUAAA